AUGUUUUACUCUUAUUCCCGACAGGCGCUUGGAAUCGCCAUUGGUGUUCUGGCACUCCUCCAAGGCGCUGAUGCCGCGACCUGGAAGGACUACAAGCCUCAAAGCCGCACGCCAAGUUCAUGUCCUGAUUAUGUCGAUUAUUCGCAGAAACCCCAUGCUCCGUUAUCAUCAGGAAAGCUCAAGCUGCCGUUCAUGAGACCUAGUGAGAAGUGCAGAACUUUCACGAGUCCCGCCGUCGAAAAAGUUAUAACCGAUAUCAAGAAGCGCGUCAAAAACCCUGACCUAGCGCGUCUUUUCGAAAAUACCUUUCCGUCCACGCUCGACACGACGGUCAAGUACUUUGAUGCGAAAAAGAACCUUGCUUUUAUUGUGACUGGCGACAUUACUGCUCAAUGGCUGCGUGAUACAGGCAAUCAGUUUGCUCACUUGUACAAGCUGCUGCCUCAAGACAAGAACCUUCAAGCGCUUAUCAAGGCCAUCAUCAACACGGAGGCGAGGUACAUCUCUGAAUACCCAUAUUGUGGUGCUUUUCAGCCGCCACCUGAGAGUGGCUUGAGUCCCUCUGUGAACGACUAUGCCCAGCUCGUUACCGUCAAUCCUCCUGUCAAUAAUCAGACCGUCUUUGAGUGUAAAUACGAACUCGACUCCCUUGCGGGCUUCCUAAAGAUCGCCCGCUCCUACUAUGACAACACACAUGACUCCUCCUUCAUCAAUGACAACUUCAAGGAUGCAAUGAAGCAAAUCCUCCGAGUCAUCGACGAACAGUCCCAAAGCACAUGGGCUAAUGACUGGGACUACAUCAGCUACUACAACUGGACAGGACAGGCAGGUUCACUCUCACCACCAGUACCAAACAGCGGAAAUGGCGAGCCAAAGCUAGCCAACGGCCUUGUAGCGUGCAGUCACCGCCCUUCUGAUGACUUGAGUGUUUUCAACUACAUCACCUCCGACAAUGCCAUGAUGUCUGUGGAGCUUGACAACGUAGCCACCGUACUAGGCAAAGUCGGCAACCAGAAGAGUCUCUCUGGCACACUGCGUCGCCACGCGAAGACAAUUCGUCAAGCAGUGUGGAACCACACUAUUACUUCUAAUGGCAUUUUCGCAUACGAGACUAAUGGCUAUGGCGGGCAGUACAUCAUGGACGAUGCAAACGUUCCCAGUCUAGUCUCACUCCCCUACCUAGGCUUUCUCAAACAGGACAAUCCAACAUACAAAAAGACAAAGUCUGCACUUUUCUCACGCGCAAACCCAUACUACGCAGUCGGGAAGACCUUCAGUGGUAUUGGCGGACCGCACGCCAACGCCACAAACCCAUGGCCAAUGGCACACGUCUCGGCCAUUUAUGGCUCAGACAACGAUAAGGAAAUCACCGAGCGACUGAAUAUUAUUCUGGAGAACACCUCUGGGCUGGGCCUUAUCCAUGAGAGCGUUAAUAUCUACAACUCGACUGUUUUCACAAGACCGUGGUUUGCCUGGGCGAAUAGCUAUUUCGCUGAGAUGGUGCUUGACUUGGCAGAGAGGAAACCUGGCUUGAUUUUCAAGGACGAUAAGCCAUAUGUUAUUGGAAAGUGA